AUCUUCUCUCCUCGUGCCUGAUGACGCACAGACCAUAGGCUACUUCACCAUGUCGCACCAAAGGGGGACUGUCAUCCGUAAGUGCCUUAUCGGUGACUAUCCCUGCCAGGUCGAACCAUAUGUUUUCAAAUCAAGCCGGUUUUCCGAGCAUUCUAUAUAAGGUGGUGUCUCGCCUGGCAACAUGUGGAGGAAUCCUCUCGAAUGCGAAGAUGUGACCCUCGUCAACGUUAAUUUUCCCUCAGCACAAAAUGGCUGCAAAUCUACCAAUUGAACUUAUCUACUGCAUUCUCGAUUACCUCGAUGUGGAAGACUACAUCGCUGUUCGGUCAACAUGUCGGAAAUGGAGAAUCGCAGCCUCGGCCUCGUCUAUCAUCCGAAACAUCCUUCAGCAAGUCCCAGUUUCGCUGCCCCCACGGACGGAGCUUCUCGCCAACAAAGAGUGGAAUGCCUACUUCACUCAAGUUGUUCGUCACAACUUACUGGGCUACCAUACGGGCAUCCAGAAGACGGAAUCCAGAUGUGAGCUUCCCCAGGAAUGUUCCCAUUGCACGAUAUACGACACCUCUCGCGACGGUCGGAAGCUUGUGGUUCUGAAAGGGGCACGAGCAUUGUUGUAUAGCCGUCCAGGUGUGCAUUGUCCUUGGGAACUUGUUCGGUCCGCACCACUGUAUUCCCUAUGGACCUCUGUCUGCACUGCCGUACUCGGCGGAGGUAUAGGAGGCCUAUCACAACAUGCUAAACACCACAUCGCGCUCUCAUCCAGCGGACACUUGCUCGCCGUCGGGCUGGACAAGACGAUCCAGAUCUAUAGCCUCCUCGGGGACUCGGACGGCCUCUCAUCGCCUGCCCAGUACACUCUGAACCAGGAGGACAGUUUCGUCAACCCGGUACCAACCAGCUACGAGGAAACGAACGGCAUGAUCGAGUCCCUCGAAUUCGCGGAUGAAGACGACACUCUGCUCCGCGUGACCAUCGGCCAGGAAACCACCACCUACCAACCGACUCGCGUGCGAUACCUGGGCAAUCCAGCGCGCAACCAAACCCCUUCCUCCGCCUCUCUCGCAUACUGGCGCGCCAACAUCAGCCAAGUCUACGUCGACUCGGUCUCGAUGGCAGCGACCCUGGCCGGCGGAGACGGCGGCGAGAAAGUCCUUCUCCGCGGCCUCCGCCUGCUGCCUCGGAGCCCCGGCAACGAGCACUGUCACCAACCCAGUCGCAAGUUCACGGCCCUCCUCCAAAUAGGCACCAAAGCGACAAGCGGCUACUGCAUCGGUGAGGUCACGACGACCCCAGCCUUCGCCCAGGGGAUAACCAUCACGCGCAUCCUCCCAAGCAGAGACAACUACUGUCCCGAACCCGACAACACACUCCCCCAGAUCACCCCUUUCACCAUCCCCAUCACCUCCACUUCGCCACCCAGCACAACGACAUCCCCGGCCUCCAAACCCAACACAACGACCCAACAAACCAACCCCACCUUCCAAACAACAGACGCCCACCACAAAACCACGACCCUCCACUCCGCAACGACCUCAAGAUGGAACACCGCCAACCUCCCCACCGCGGCCGGUACCAUCAACUCCCCACUCGUGACAGUUUCCCCCGACGCAAAAGUAAUGUGCAUCUACGAGCCAGGCUCAGGCCAUUACUCCCGUAUCGCAGCAGGAGGCGCCGUCUACAUCUACAGCCUCAUGCACGAUGACCACCCCCAACCAUCCUCCUAUUCCUCAUGGCCCCAUGACCAAACAAACCCAACGCAAAAGUAUCCCCACAUAAGCAAAACCACCAUUCCAACAUGGUCUCUCCUCCUCGACAUCACAGACGAGGACAUUCAAGAUCUCCGCGUGGAUUCUUCCCGCGGCCAAGACGAGGCCAAGGAGUGGAGAUACGCGAUAACAGCGAUCACGACCUCCCCGAGACAAAUCCUCGAGUGGCGGAUCUAGAAGAUUGGGCUGGGGAGGGAGGGGAUGGGGAGGUUGAUCUCCCAUCUACCCUUCACUCUUCACGAAAUCGGAGAAGCACGAAAGUUUCCUUGCUUCGAAUUGAGGUUAUAACAAAAGCGUGUCGACAAGGAAAAGCACAAGCAAGCGUGAAACGGACAAACUGCCAAGGCAUUUCGCAUGCAACAAACACACACCUACCUACAUCAAUGUAUCCCACCACACACUUCAACUAUAAUAUACAACCUUAAUACUGUUAGUUAGUACCUAGACUGGUCAGGCUAGAUAGAAGUCUACACCUCCUGGUGAUAAGUUUAAUGAUGAAUGAGGUCAUUGUCUCUUAA